AUAGCAACAGAUAUUACACAAAAAACAUUUAUCAAAGAGGCCAACAUAUUAGGAAAAUUCUAUAAUAAGAACAUCAUCAGUCUAUAUGGUGUUUGUAUUGAAGACACUCCAUUUUAUAUUGUAACAGAGCCAAUGCAUCAAAAUCUUAGAAAUUAUCUGAAUAGGCCUCCUACACAAGCUGAAGUAGUGAAGUUGGUGGACAUUGCUAUUCAAGUUACUGAUGGUAUGAUUUAUCUAGGAGAACAAGAUUACAUUCAUUGUGAUCUAAGAGCAGAGAAUAUACUAUUAGGAGACCAUAACACUGUCAAGAUAGCAAACUUUCAUCUUGCCCAACACCUCAAUGGCAAAAAAUACUGGAUUGUUGAGAAAGGAACUAGGGUAGCUAUAAGAUGGACAGCACCUGAAGCAUAUACUUUAAAGCGACUGAGUAUUAAAUCUGAUGUUUGGUCAUUUGGUAUAUUACUAUGGGAACUGGCUACCAAAGGAAAGGAACCGUAUCCUGGCAUGACUAAUGCACAAGUACUGGAAUCAGUAUCAAAAGGUUAUCAUAUGCCUAUACCCCGAAAUUGUCCUGAACCAUUUGAACUACUUAUGAUGAACUGCUGGAAACAGAAUGAAGAUCAAAGGCCAACCUUUAUACAUAUCUUUAAUAUACUUUACUUACCAAAUAAAUAGACUAUGCAAUCAUAUUUACUAAUUUUCUUAAUGCACAGAGUUUGAUUUGUA